CUAUUAUUGAUGAAGAUAAUUCUAGUACAAUGUUGUAAUUUACAGAGAAAUCUCCCUGACUGAGGAAAUCAACACGGGAUUCUGUUAUAAAACCACAGGAUAAAGAUGAAAUAAAUGUCUGCUGUCAAUGAUGUAUAGAUUUGUGUUACAGAAAUCUGUCACAGUGACAGGUGUUAGUGAGUGUAAUCACAUCUCCCGUGUAUCCUCAGACCGGGUCUGGAUCAGUGAUUACUAUAACAAUCUCAUCUUGACAAACACAGCAGGUGAUAAACUACAUCAUCUGACAGAUAUACGUAGUGGUUAUAGUGGAGGACACACUGUGAACAAUGACGGUGAUUUAAUUUAUAUAGACAGUCAUGGUAACAUCAACAAACUGUCUACAGAGAACACAGUAAAGACUACAUUAAUAAAGUACACAGCGCCAUGGAGACCACGGUGUGUCUACAGCUCCCCCUCCACUGGAGACCUGCUGGUCGCGAUGUUUAAUACUGAUACACGUAGAGAAGGCAAGGUAGUGCGGUAUAACUCCACAGGAGAACACAUCCAGACCAUACAGUACAACAACAACACAGGUCAGAGACUGUAUAGUAGACCUGACUACAUCACAGAGAACCGCAAUGGAGAUGUUAUUGUGUCUGACUUUGGCCGUGAUGCUGUAGUGGUGACAGAUCGUGGUGGAAGUCAUCGCUUCUCCUACAGACGACAUCCAUCAGGAUCAAUACUAGUACCACUAGGAAUCUGUACUGACGCGCUGUCACACAUCCUGGUGUGUGAUUAUUACACCAAGUCAGUACAGAUGUUAGACAGGGACAGUAACUUCCUGACACAGAUACAGACAUCACCACACGGGAUAGACGAACCAUGGGGCCUGAGUUAUGAUGAUACCACACAACUACUGUGGGUAGGGUCACGGUACAACAACACAGUCAACAUAUACAGAGUGGUAGAUGGAGAUUCUCUGAUUGGCCUCCCUCUGGAGAACCUGGAGUGUAAGAAACAUCCCAGGGUUCCAUUAUCCCAGUUCUGUAUCCCGUGUGAGGUUACCUUGUGUGAGAAAUGUACCACAACCUCUAGGGAUCAUGAAGGACAUGAUGUUAGAGAUGUAGAGAAAAUGUUUAGAGAAAUUCACAAGAGAAAAGAUGGAGAUGCAGUUUUGAUGUGCCUUCUUCUCUGCCCUUCAUACAAAAUAAAUCUGGAAGAAGAACACUGGAUAAAGAAGUAUAAUGCUGUUGCUGAAGUUUUCAAAUUCAACAAGAUUAAGAAGCCGUCCAAUCUUAGCAACUUAAAGUACAAACCAAUACUCAGAGACGAUGGUUCUGUACUCACAUUUUCUUGUGAAUUUUUCAAAAACUCCAGUUUUCUUAGAUUUGCUAAAAAUCCAGAUUUUGUGGAUAUUUUUCUGACUUUGGCACAAAAAGACAACAUCGCUGAGUACUGCAGGUCAUGGGUUUAUCCAAAGAAAGAGGAGGAAGUCUUUUGCUGGUUAUCACCACAACAAACAAAUCAAUUGAUUGAAAAACUUGGAGAGGAUAUUUUCAAACACCCAACAUGGCAGGACACAUCAAUACAUGAAGAAGUAUUUAAUAACCUUGGUGUACCAAUGCAGAUUUUAAUGAGAGGGGAGGAGUCAGCCAAGAAUUUCAUUGAAAAUCUUAAAAAAGGGGAGACGACUAUGUACCAUGCCUCUGGGAUGAUUAUUGGGUGUGCGGGUAGUGGGAAGUCAACCCUGCUAGAAAGACUGAAAGGCACCAACCUGGAAGAUAUAUUGAGAAAUUUAACAUCGACCAGAGGCAUUGACGUGCAGUCUGACAUUUUCGAUGUAACAGAAAAUACAAUCAGAGUAAACUCAUCCAACCAAAAACAACACUUUAAGGUUAAAAUUGAUGAUACAAGUCUACAUGUUAAGAACAUUCCAGAAAAUCCUAUCUUAUCUGGUGACCUGGAAAAACUGUCUAAUAAACAGCCACUAGGGGAUCAGAGAGAUACUACCAGUAAAGUCGUUGAUAAAGAAUCGGUUAGUGAUGGGGCAGUGUCACACGAGAACUUGAAUAUAGAAACUGACUCACUUAAAGGAAAUGAAGCUGCUACGUUUGUAGAAAAAGAAGAGGAUAUGGUUGAAGAAAACAGACUAAGUAUUCCUGAGAAUUCAGAAAUAUCAGGAAUUUUACGAGUUUCCAAAGAUGUUUCGGAUGACCCAGAAAAAAAAAUUACCAUGGUGGACUUUGCAGGACAGUGUUCAUAUUAUGCCUCACAUCAGAUUUUUCUGAGUCCACGAGCAUUCUUCAUUCUGGUGCUCAAUAUGGAUAAGAAGUUUGAUGAUAAGGUUGGAGAAGAAGUCUGUAGUCAGGAAGGCUCCAUUUACAAGGGAUGGACACACAGAGACUAUCUAAUGUUCUGGGCCAAGUCCAUUCAUCAAUACAGCAGUGAAAAGGCUCCCGUUCUGCUGGUGGGCACUCAUGCUGAAAAAAAGACAGAAAAGGAGAAAGAGAAGUUUUUCCGUGAGAUUUGGACGACUUUGAAAACAGAGGAUGAGUCCCUGCAAAGGCAUACUGACAGGGAAAGGAUGUUUGCUGUUGGAUUCAAUGAGAAUGAAUGCAUUGAAAACAUCAAGCUGUCAGUUGUUAAUGUUGUCCAAAAACUUGAUCACUGGGGUGAAAAACUUCCGCACUCCUGGGCUUUGUUUGAAAACUUCUUCCAGGAAAAGAAAACACUAAAAAUGAUCAACAAAGAGACACUUUUGGCUUUCAAUGAAGUAUUGCCACAGGAAUUGAAAUUGGAAACAGACGAAGAUAUUAAUACCAUGGUGCAGUUUUUCCAUGACAUCAGAGAAAUUUUAUACUUUGACCAAGAAUCUCUCAGAGGAAUCAUAAUUCUUGAUGUUCAAUGGUUUGCAGAUGCGUUCAAAAAUGUUAUCACAGAUAAAAACCAUGCAGCAAAGGAUUUAUUUAAGCUUGCAUCACAAUGGAACAAAUUUAAUGAAACUGGAGAAUUGAGUGACACAUUGCUGUCUGCGAUAUGGGAAAUGAACAACAAUGGAUUCCUUGAACACAAAGAUGACAUCAUGCGCUAUAUGGAGAAGCUUGGACUCUUGGCUAAAAUGAAUGACAAAAAAUGGUAUGUUCCAUGCAUGAACAAAAAGUCAUUUCCUGUACAUAGUUUUUCAUCAUACCCUGCCUCGUCCAUCCUGUGCUACGUUUUUGAUGUUCUUCCUGCUGGAAUUUUUCAGCGUCUUGUAGCAAGUUGCGUGCAAUUUCCAUGGAGUAUUGUUAAAGUAAAUAAAGACGGAGAAGAACAACCAUGCAUUUACCAGACAGCGGCCGUAUUUCUGUUUAUGAAACACUGCGUUCUGCUUGGAAUGACCCAAUCAGAAAUUCAGUUGCAGGUGUAUGUAAUUGAGGGAGAAGUUGAAAAACCCACAUGUUUAAAGAUAAGGGAGAAGAUUGAGGAUGAAUUGCACAUUCUGUCCAGUACAUUUCAAAGUAACUUGAAAUUUCAAAUUGGCUUCAAAUGCAGACAUACUGGCUUUUGUGACAAUGAAAAAAGUCACGUGAUUAAGGAAUCCGAGCUUACUGAGCAGACUCUUCUGUGCCCUUUCUGUCCUGUGGAGAAAAAGCAUAUUAUUGAUACGACAGAAAUCAUCAAAUACUGGAAACAGAUGAAUGCAAGCGCUUCCAUGACUCCUAUGGCCUCUGGACAAGACCUGGGGGACCAAUCUAGAUUUGCAAAACUCGGAAUGGCAACAAACGAUGUGUUAAAUCAGGCAUACAGAGAUAUACUGAAGAUUGAAGUGCCACCUUCCGAUAUUGAGAACAAAGUUAAAGCAUCACCAUGUUAUAAAAGAUUGCGCCCAGAACAAGAACAUCUUUUGCAGGAUGCUAAACAUUCGGGUUAUAAACAUUUUGAUAUUUCUUUAACAUACACAUUGAUCAGAAACAUUUGUAAAAAAAUUCCUAAACCAACAAACGGAAAAUGGGGAGAAGAUCCUGCUGCAGGAGAGGUGACGGUGGGUGAUGAUAUCGAGAGAAUUAGGUCAAUCCGGAACAGUUUGACUGCACACGUGAGCUCAGCCUCCACACCAAAGUCAGAAUUCCAGAACACCUGGUCCAUUAUCUCAGAUAUCUGCCAAAGAUUGGAAACGUUUACUGGAAAAAAGUAUUUGGAUAAUCUCAAUAAAAUCCAAAAAUUGACCUUGAGAGGGGAAGAUGAAAAUGCUAUUAUAGAAAAGAUCAAAAAAGAAAGUCAGCAUGAAAUGGUGAAAGAAUUGUGGUCAGAUAUGAAAGUUAUGAAAGCAGCAGUGGAGAGGCUUGAAAUGAAGCAUACAUCGAAUUAAGA